GUGGAAGUGAUGUUGGGUAGGUUUAAAAAAUACACUGAAGCACAGAAGGAGAUGGUCUUAGAUUCUGAGCAGACCCCUGCACAAAAGAUACAAGUUUUAGCAAGUCAGGGGCCAUUAGCAGCAAAGCGAACAGUUAGGAGUAAUGCCGAUUUUAUCAAAGGUGAAAGCAUUUCCCAAUCUACCUGGAACACAUAUUUCUCGCAUUUUUAUGGGUAUUGUAGUUUUGUGCUUUCGUUGGCAGAAAAGCCAUUUCCUAUGUCCACAGCGAAAGUUGAGGGUUGUCUUGCUAUCCAGAAGUGCGCCGGUUCGAUGAAUGUUGCUAAGUGUGCUCUUAAGAAAGUUUGCCACUGUUUUCAGUUGAAGUUCCCGGAGGUUGACGCUGCUUCGAUCUCCCGUGGGAUCAAGAAGUGGCAGCCUCCUACUAGAUCAAUGGAUCCUAUUUCCCCCGCGUGUUUAAAUCUUCUGUUGCAGGAUCCUAAUACUAUCGCAAGUUUUAAAUUUUUGAUUUCAGUCUGUUGGAUUUUUUUACUGAGGUGUGGAGACGAAGGAAUUUUUCUGAAGCGUUCCUUUUCUGACGAAGACCGUGAUCUGAGUAAGAAAGAAACUGAAGCAUCACUCUGCUAUUUGGUGUGAUGAGGAGGCUUGCUCGGUUACUAUUAGGCUUAGAUCUAGGAAAAAUCGACUUGAAGGGGAUUGCAUCACCCGGCAGUGCACGUGCGCUGAUGUUGAGUCUUCCGGCGAAGAAGGCGAGAUGCAAGCCUUUUCUUGGGCGAGGGAUUUUUGUCCUUUUCAUUGUUUUUUUAAGGCCCACGUUUUGAAGUAUGACCCGGGCCAGCGAGUCUUUCCGCGACUCGACUACCCUCUUGUUCUGUCUACUUUGAAGCGUUCGUUGGCUGACAAUCAUCAAGUAGGUUGUUGGGGAACACAUUCAUGUCGUCGCGGUGGUUGUGCUGCAAUUGCAGCAGCUGGAGGUAGUUUAAGUCAGAUUUUGGUGGCUGGAUCUUGGAGUAAUAAGAAUUUUGCUUGGCGUAGGUAUGUUAACGAGCGCAAUCUUCAGUGCGCAGGUAUGAUCAAGGCGGCAAAGGCCGAACUUCAGUCAGAUAAUCAUAUUGACGAUUUUGUUUCUGCCGGUGAAAGUGAGAAUGAGGACGCAGAUGUGUAGGGUUGUGUACGAUUGAAAUUCAGAUGGCCUUUGUUAGUAGAUCGAUUCAUAAGUUGCUGAACUGAAGUCGAAUUUGUAUCAGGCAGGUGGUUUCUUGACACAGCGAGUUUUGGCCAUGGGCGUGCGAUCAAUGGUGUUCUGUUUUUUCGCUGUUGUCGAGUGUAAUGAGUCGAUGAGGCAAAGGAAGCAUAGCCGUCUAACGUGCAGGCUUCCAUCGUGAUCGGUGCGUGCACUUGGUGUUUUCUG